GGUCAAAGUAUUUCAAGAUGGCGGACGUGAAUGCGGUGAAUCGGCGUCUUCUGGAGAUUUCUAUAUGUGCUCUGCUGCGAGAACAAGGAUUUUCAUCAGCUUCUAAGAUAGCUUUAGAGACCCUUACUGAAAUGCUUCAAAGCUGUGAGUGAUCAACCAUUCCAUUUUUUUGUUUUGAUUUGGUUACAAGUUUCUGAAUCGAACACUGCUUUGAAAGAGAUCCUCCUCAUAAGAGGUCUUGGGUUUGUCCUUUGAGGUGUUUUUCAGAGGAAACGUAGAAAUUUUGCCGAUAUACUAUUCUGGGUUUUUUAAAUAUCGCCUUCCAUUUCGAUCAAUUGAUCCUUCGAUUGAUCGAUCCGUGGAGACAUUCGAAGAAAGUUAGAAAACGCAUCUCCUGUGAUAAUGUUUUGCGUCUGAUCGCCCUGAUCACAACUGUAUUUGUUUUGCGUUACACUCUACUUUAGACCUGGGUGAGCUUGGACACAGUUGCAAGCUGAGCUGCGAACUUUCCGCCCGUGUUAAGCCGACUCUAAGUGACGUUAAAGUGGCUCUGAUUGAUAUGGGUAUGUAUUACAGCUACCAUUCCCCAAAAUGCCGGGGACUUGACAUUGUCCCGAGAUUAGAGAUAAGUGUUCCAAUUCUAGCAACUGAAAGUACAUGUAGUUUGUUGAAAUCACAAAGAUCCAUCUAUUUUUCAAUUGAGGAGCUGUAAGGAAUAAAGCUUUCACAAGCAGUACCCGGCAGACUAUCUUAACUCUUUACACCCAACAGUAUCACCCUUGAAUCAAGCAGUAAGGUCAUAAGAAUAAUUGGAAAGCUUGCAUACUCAAGAAGCUCUUGAUUGUUAGACAAACAGUCCUUGUAAGUACCUUAGGAAUUGUACAGAGCACAGUAUGGAGAACUUGCAUGCUGAUGUCAGGGUGUAAAGGGUUAAGUCACGUUGAGCAUUUUCCCCUGUCAGUUUUCAAUUACCUAUAGGCUCUAAUCUUAAACUUUUUUGUCAACCUUUACUGAGACCAGUAUAAGCUUGCUGACAUUGUUUGAGUAGAAUGCAGGAGAUUCUAUCCCUUGUCUGAAAGCAGGAUAUUACUUGAAGGAGCAGAUCAAAUGAGAGGAAAGCUGAAGCUUACCAAAAACCUUUUAAAGAUUUCAAACAUUCUCUGGAGGGUUUCAACAAAGGUUGCCUUCAUUUACUAAAUUGCAGUUUUAGGGAUGAAACCUAGGUUCAUUUAGUCCAAUAGCACUAAUUGCAAAUAAAUAUAACUGUGACAUGAAUGAAAACUAAAGCAAGUUGUGGUAGAUGUGUUGUCCAUGGGAUUUGUGUGUCUACAGUUUUUCCUAUGAUCUCUGUGUAGCAUGUACACAAAGCUGUGCUUGUCAACAAAUCACUGGAUGCCUGAGGGCUCUUGACUCAGAGGUGCAGGAUGCAUAGUUUUCAUUUAGGGAAAGCUAGGCAAUUUCUCAAAUAUAUAAAUUAUUUACCCUUGGCACAGUCCUGUGUCAUCCAAAGUUAUGUAAUUUCACACAUGCUACAGGCUGGAGAUGACGGAUUAUGUACACUCUGCUGGUUAUUGUGCACAUACAUGUACAUGUAUGGAUAUUGUAUCUUGAUUUACUAUAAUUUUUCUUUCAUAUAGGUGCAGACCUUGAUUCUUUACCACUAUAUGGAAAACGGACCAAUCGAACUCAUGUAAACAACCGUAAGUUGAGUGCAUUAGUUCUAAAAUAUUGUUUUGUUUAUUAUGCAUUAUACAGUUACAGGUAUCUCACUAGUAUCUCAGCAUGUGAAUUAAUCUUUCCCUAGGUCAUAUAUGAAUUAUGAAAGCUCAGUCUUUUCCUUCUCUUGAUAAAUAUAGUGAAGAUCUCUUAUUGACAGUAUUGAACAGCAAUGAAAAUAUUUUUGCUUUCUUUAUUUUCUCUGCACAUAUAUUUUUAGCUCUGAAGUCUCGCAUAACACCAACACCCAAAGCUUUAGCAGCAGGCACUAAACAGACACGGCCAGCUCAUAUUCCUGCACAUCUUCCACCACUUCCAGAUCCUCAUUCCUACAUCAAGACACCAGUAAGUUUUAAUUUCAGUUAAGGAAGUGUGAGAUAAGGUUUAUCUGAUAAGUGUGGGGUAAAUCACAGAAUUGUCAUUAGAGGCUGGUAGGCAGCAGAAACCGAAUGGUUGAUUGACUAAUUUGCAACAGCUACUAUGUGAAUUGUAAUCAAAAAGACAAAAGACAAAAGAUAACUAUUUUUGAGCUGAUUCUAACUUCAAUGUCUGGCUAAAAAAAGUUUUAGACUGUACUCGAAUAUAACAGGGUAAUUUAGUUUUAUCAACUGAGUUGAUAACAUAAGUGGGCCACUGUAAAGAGUUUUAAAGCUCACUCUCAGAGCAUUAGCCCUCCAAUAGAGUGAUUUGCUCUGACAAAGGGCUAAUCCUCUGAGCGUGAGCUUUGAAACUCUUUACAGUGGCCAAUUUAUGUUAUCAACUCAGUUGAUAAUACUAAAUUACUCUGUUAUACUCUCUCACCAAUGCAGCACCACAGUUUCUUUAGAAACGUACCCCCUGUAUUCAAAUAUGUCUGCUACUCCUGAAAAUAACGUCUCAGAGAGUUUUAAACUUCAAAUUUUUCUGAGGAGCAUGCCCUGACUUCCCCAGAGAAGUGUGUUGUAAAGCUGACAUAAAAAAUAAUUAAAUAAACACAAAAGCUGUGUAACAUGUGUCAUUCUUUAAGUUAAAACUAGUCUUCCUCAAGAAAACAACAUGAAAACCCUGAGUGGAUAGCCUUUCUUAUUUAUAUCAGUUCUGUAAAUGACACUUCAGCUGAUGUAGGAUGUGUGUUGCUGACUUGCAGGCCUUCAGACAGUCGAGCAAAGAAUAUCAAGCAGUACGAGAGAAAUAUGCUGCACAGAGAAAAGAUAUUGAAGAAGGGUUAUCUAAGUAAGUUGGAAACGACUACUUCUUUUUCCUUUCAUUUGACACUCUGCUAUAAGCUCCUCUCUCUUUUUUCACUCUACAGGUUUUUGGCAAAGACAGCAGAACUUAGCUCUGGGAUUUGUGAAGGAUUGGACCCACCAACAUAUCCUUGUGAGUUCCAUGGAGUUUUGCAUUUUUUUUUUUUUUUUUUGUUACAUGCCAUGAUAAGCUGAAUUCUGCACACAGUUUGAUUAGUUCUUACUUCUGAUGCAUGAUAAUGUCACCAUUAACAACAUUUUGCUUUGUUAUGGUAUAAAACAAACAGAUUCUCUGUUCUUUGGGUCUGUUCAGUAGUAGAUUACACAAGAGGUGAAGAUGUGGUAAGAACAUCAGUGACACACUUGGCUUCACCUGGAGUGCCAAUUUUUUCUUCUUCUUACUGCAUGUUGACAUCAUCUGUGAUCUAUUAGUUAAUAGAAGCUUGACAACAAGGGAUCUAUUUGUUAACCAUCUCACCCACUUUUGAAUUUCUCUUCAUGGAUACUCACAUAGUUUCAUCCCUGCUUCAGGUCACCUUGACAAAAUCCACUUUUUAAAGUUCCCCCCUGUUGAUAUCACUACUGAAUCUAUUUAAUUUCUGUGUUUUUCCUCUUUGAUUGUAAAAGAAAAAAUGUUUCAGGGGUGAAAUCAUGGUAAAAGACUAAAUGAGUGGGUAAUCAAUGGAUAAUCACUGACAUCAGUGAAUAAACUUAUGGAUGAAUUAGAAAUCUAGUAUGUACCAGAUGGUUCGAUUUUGUUUUCAAUAACUCAAUGUUGUUUACUCAUUAAACAGUGGAAAUGCUCAAAAAGUAAUAUUUUGAUUACUUAUCAAUAUUUACUCUAUUUCGUUUCAUCUCAAAACUUUGCGCCAUAUCCAAAUAAACGCAGCUGCACUACUUUUGAAAUCAAGUCUAUAAGUGCAAACAGUCAUGUUAUGCUCAAUAGCUACUGUAGCUCACGCUUUUCUCAGUAAACUCGUUUCUUCUCAUCAGUUCUGUGGAGCACGUCAUCUAUUAUGCUCAAAUUACAUACCAAGUCAAUAUAUAUAAAGUUAAGUGUUAAAAGCUUCAACUUAUUUACUCCUUGUCUUCAUGCCCCAACCUAUUUUGAUGAUCCUUAGUCAGUGAGAAUUUGUGAGUUAUUGAUGUUUGUAUUGAAAACGCGGAGGAAUCGCGCACGCGCAGCAAAUUACGCAAGUGGUCGCGUAAGUUUCUUUUGGUGACGACAUAAGCGAAAUCAUGUCGUCACAAACGAACUAUCAACGUAAAAUAUCAGUUAGAUUCGAUUGUUUCUGUAAAUGUGUUAUUUCUCUCUCGGUUGUAAAUACACCAAUGAUGUACGCUCAUGUUCAGAGUGAGAUAAAGGAGUUCAACCGUCGUCACUCCGAGAGCAAGGGAGGUAAACUGCACACGGAUCCUUCGUUUACACAAUCAGCAACCAUCUCAGGUGAAGGCUUCGAAGCAAGAGUACGGUGUUCAAAGCGAAUACCACAAAAAGAAAAAAACCGCCAACUCAAAAAAAUUUUGCAAAUAACGAACGACAUAAUGAAUGACAUGAGGGUUUUAAGGGAACAAAUGAGCAAGGUUUUUAAGGAACAAAUGAGCACAUUGAGUGUAAAGCAGAGGAGCUUAUGUAUGAACACAAGAGAGCUGUCGUCCAUGGCGCCUCCACCAGUUGAAGAACUUGUGAUGAGAAAUUAUAGUGCUAGUGCUGCAGGGGAAACUGCAUCAAGAUCGACUGAAGUUCUUCAUGAGGUGAAUUCUGGAAAAAUUAUGAACAGUUCCCUUGCUGAUGAUGGUAGCAGGUGGUACUACUUUGGGAAUUUAGGUCGUGCUUCAGCUGCUAAAGAUGCGAUGAUGGGACCAAGUUCUAGGGAAUUCGCACCCGCAGAUAGAACCGAAGAUCGUAACUUGCCUUGCUUUGUAAACCAGGUGAUAAACGCGCUAGUUCACGCGGUGCAGAAUAUUAACGAGUAUUUCCGCCGCGAGUGGAACCUCUUCAAUGAUAUUUUUAAACAGGAAGCUUUUGAAGUGUCACAUGUAGAGCCCGCUGUGAUUGCUUGUAUCAAAGGGGAAGACACUUGCACAGAUCAUUACUUAUCUAGUAGUCAUUUGGGCUAUUUAAAUGAAGAUCUAACUCGUUGUGAUGACAAGAAAAUUGUCUCUUGUCAUUCUUCAAGCUUAACCUAUAUUAAAUGAUUAAAAAAUUAUUUCAUUACUUUUGUCAAAAUCGAUUCAUGAGGAUCAUGUUUUCUCGUUCUCAAUUUGGCCCUAAGGACAAUGUUAUUGGUAAAUAAAGUAAAAGUGCUGUAUGAUAUACCGUUAAUAAUUUUAUAUUUAGCAGUUUACACAUGUAACACUUCCCCAGUCACCUCAGUUAAAUUGGACGCGUCACUCAACAUUCAGCGACAGUGGUAACAAACCUAUUGCUACAGUCAUGUAACCUGCCAAAUGCUCUCUUUUAUCCCUGAUGCAUUUAAUUCAUAUCUAUUCAUCCCCCCUUUUUGUUCUUAAACUUUUCCUCGUCCCUUCCGGUUCCACCACGUUUGUUCAUUAGAUUGCGUUCUACUGUGAACCGCUGGGUGAACAUCCAUGUUUCGUUUCUACGCAUGGUAAGGGCUGUAUCUUUGCAAUGCUACAGUGUUAACAGAAACGUUUCUGUCCGUAAGCGAGAACCUUUCAUGCAAAACUAACGCACUCAACAGCUGUCGGUAUGCAGUCGCCUAUUACUGAAAGAUGAAGGCUGCAUACAAGAUUGACUCGCAUAGCAAUGCUAGAGUAUUGCUGUAUAUACCUCUACUACUUAUGCGGAAUGGAAUGCAGAUUUAUCCGUGGUAGUCUCCCUCGGGUUCUCGCAGCAUUUCGUCGAUACCCAUUUAAACUCGUGGGUGUUAAAAAGCACUGUGAACAUGAGGGAAAAUGUCUUUUGGAAGAUUACAACACAAAACUCUUCUUUUGGGCUUGAACCUAAAGCCUGUUUCUCGAAAGUUCCGGUAGUGACUGGUCAGAAAAAUAUCUUUAUGUUGUUGUUGUUGUUGUUGUUUUGGUUUAUUUCCGCGUUCACAUUCUCUAUCAGGAUAUUAGUAAUUUAAGAUUUAGGGAAAUUGAAUUAUCAGAAAUUACCGCAGAAUAUAAUGUUUGUUGAGCUGGUAUCGACCCUUCUGCUCCUUAUAUGUACUAGACUUUAAAAUAUGGCGUCGAGCCGGCAGAGUUAGAGUGAAUUUCGACCAACAGGUUCACAACAUUUCUAAUCUCAAGUCUCGUCCACUCUCCGGAAAGCUACCUCGACUUUUUAUGUAUCACCACUUACACGUACCUUUGUUUUACUUUCUUUCAGUGCUUGUGAACGAGUUCAGUGGUCUGCCUUAUUUAUCUGCGCUUGGAGACUUCGACGACGCUGAGCUGCUUGAACUUGAUGAAUCCCUUGCUAAAGAAGCACCAUCAAGUAGUGUUUUACCAACAAGCUCACAGAACACGGAAUCCUUCGAUAACCCUUACCUCAGACCAGCCAAGAGAGCGCGAAAAGCUAUUAAGCCAAGCUGAAGUGAUACAGGCUUUGAUCAAUUCUCGCUGGUGUUAACUUCACGUUUUGAAAAGAAUUGUCAGAAACGGAAUUUAAAUUUUUCUUUAUUCUCGUUCUUGUUUGGAAAAUAUCCGUAGAAGCCUCCAAAGAUUUGACCCUUUUCUAGAAAAUGAUUUGAAAUUUGUUACUUUUUAUAGCCCACACGGACGCGAACUUUCAUCACAGAAGAGAAAUAUUACAUCUUUUUAAUCGCCCAUUUGUUGUUACUUGUGUGACUUAAACUUGCCCCCCCCCUCCGCCUCACUCCCAGGUCGAGAGGGAAUUAUCAGUCCCAGUUUGAAUAUCCACAGCGCUUUUCACCCUGUAACCCCUAAGAGUAACUAGCAUCUAAUUUCUCCUUACAAUAUCACCCCUGAAUCCUACAUUAAGGUCACGAGAAUAAAGGAAUGAUCAACAACUAAAAAAGCUCUCGAUUGUCAAAGAAAUUCUCCUUGUCAGCGCCUUAGGAAAUUUACAGAGAAUGUGCAUACUGAUCUUGAGUUUUAAAGGGUUGAGAAUGUCACUUUGACCUCAUAGGUGUCCCUUCCAUACUGCAGAUUUGUCAUAGCAUUAACAAUAAUACAUAUCUUUAAAUUUCCUACCUGCACCGAUGUUCUGAUGAUGACAAUGAGGGACAAAGGCAGACUUUUUGCAGACCUCUUCGUAAAACUUCCGAAAAUAUGUAUGGGAAUGAGCCCCGGGAGCUUUUCGAACAGCUGAAAAUGAUGAAUUCCUUAACCCUUCCAUUAGAGCAGCAAACCACGAAGUUUCAAUAGCUUAUAACUUUUUUGGUAAAUCUCAAAACAGAAUGAUAAAUCAACAUUGAAUAACCUCUGUGAUAGAAAAGUCUCCAGUUUUCUUUUUUCCUACUUUUGUUUCCUUUUACUGAUUUCCAUGAACGUUUCAUGCUUCUUUCGCCUAUUUUGCGAGACAACGGUUUUUCUCAUAUUUCCUUUGAAAAUUUGCGCGGGAAAUUGACACGCGGUCGGCCAGAAAUGAUCACCUCGCGCAUGCUUGACGUAUGACCGCUGUGAAAACGGCGGAAAUGCGAGGCUUCUUCUCAACAGCAAUGGUUCUUUCGAAACAUGCACGACCUACUUGAACUUAUAUAAUGAUAAUUAAUAAUGAUAAUAAGAAUUAUAGUAUAAUAAUAGGAUAGUAUGGGGAUAAUAAUAAUAAUAUAAAUAUGGCGCGAUUUCCAGUGAUGUCCAAUCGCGCUUUACAAUGUAUAGUACAUAAAUUCGAUUAAAAUGUAAAACAUCGAGGAAAAAUUACAUUUACAAGCUUAAGGAAAACUGCUAAUAGGUAAAAUAAGUAUCGGAAAAUGAUAUAAUAUUAUGAUUUUAAUGCUAAAACUAAAAAAAUUGACUACUAAGAUAAGUGUUGCCUUAACUCAGCUAGUCUCAUCAAAUGUGGUAAUCGGUCUCUCAAUAAGUUAGCCGUGGUGAAUCAGUGAAAUCUGAUUACAAACAAAUUAAAAAAUGUUAGAAUUUCACAUACCAAUACUAAAUAAAUGGAGAACGCUCAUCUGUCUGUCUUUCGGUCUGAUUAGCUGACUGACUGACUGACUGACUGACUGACGAGCUGAUAGACUGACUGACAGACUGACUGACCGACAGACUGACUGACUGACUAACGGGCUGACUGAGUGGUUGACUGGCUGACUGAUUCUUCGCUCGACUUUCCUCUGGUUCUCCAGCUCGCCCGUCUGUCCAUCCAUCCACGGAUUCAUCCAAUUUGUUUUCGUCCGUCGGUACCAUCCUUUUUCCGUUUGUUUGUUUCGUCAGUUUGCCUGUUUCUUCGUUCACGCAGUUCUUCGUCCAUCUGGUCCUUCGAUCGCUCAUUUUUUGUUUGUUUGUUUUCUUUGUUUGUUCGUUGAUUGAUUUGUUCGUUUAUUCGUUCGUUUCCAUUCGUUCAGUCGACCGUUUGCUCGUUAUUUCAUUUAUUUGAUUCUUCGUUCUUUCAUUCGUUCGUUUGUUUGUUCGUCCAGUUUGUUCUUUCGUCCGUUUAUUAAUUCAUUCUUCCAACACUGGGAAACUGUACGUGUUGAUCAAUUGGUUGACGGUGAUGUUAAAGAACACGCACACGAAAACAAAGAAAAAAGCUAGGUAAGGGGUUUGAAAAAUACCUUUGAUUGAAUAAGUUUGAAACAGAGGCAUCACUCCUAAUACACUCAAAACCAUUUGCGGGCCUGUUAGUCAGUCCUUGCAGUUGCAGUUCGCAUGACUCAUUCUGGGCAAUUCAUUGCAAUUUAAGCGAAUUUUUAAGCUAGCCGUGGUUUGUUCUGCACUCCUCUGAUACGCAGUUAGCUUGAAUUAGCGCGAGGAUCUUCAGACUCCUUUAUUCGGUAAGCCAAUCAUAGCUAGCGAACGCGUAAAGACUGGGUACAAAAAGAAUGAAAACCACUUAAACUCUUUCUCUGCGGCUGUUGUUUAUUGUCAGUAAAACCCCAGGAUCCAGGGGUGAGGUUGUUGGCGCGCUUGUGAGGUAAUCCGCUUGUUCAUAUUUCAUCUUGAUCAAGUUUACGUGAUAGGUGGGGUGACCCGCUCCGCUCCUGCUUCCCGGACCCCGUUUUCUGCUUUUUCCCUUCCACGCAGUCCCCUUCCACCCAGUCACCCUCCACUGAAAACUGGCAAAUACCCUCCAAGUUUUCACAACACUCGCUCCUGAAUGACAAUGGUAACGUUUCACUGUCUUAGUGUGACAAACGUGUGACUAUCCCAAGAUCGAUCCUAACACGUUCUUUCACCAAAGCGAGGCCAAAGAGUCAGCAAAUCUUUCCCCCGAGAACGAAGGAAGCAUCGAUACGGUGUGGUUUGAGGCUUGCCCAGGUACGAUGGAUUUUAAACACUUAUUUAUCAAUGUGCUGUAUAGAUAUGAGUAGAAAUGCCAAUUAUCUACCUUAAUUUAGCCGAAGUCAACAACGUAGUAACAGUGCAUAGCAUAGUAGUAGGUCGUUUUUUUGUUUGGGAAUGUACAAUUUCUCAAGUUCAACACAGGCCUUCAGAAAACACAAAACAAAAAACGCGAAGGAUUUCUUGAUAUUCUAAAACAAAAUCAUAGUAACUAAUGAAAUCUACCGUUUUCGCCAUUGUUUUCUUCAUUCAAGAGAGCAGGCCAUCUUUUACUUAAGAGCUGUAUGCGUUUUAAAGAUCAAUGAAAUAAAUAGGGGGCUGUGUGGUAAUCUUGCCUGUAUCUUUUACAGGCUCGAAAUUUGAGCGGACUAUGCACUUAGAUCAGUCAUCCUCUAUAGAAAUUAACCCGUCGGGCACACUUUGUCACACGAAAUGUUUUUUUACGCCUGUACUGAAAUGGUAAGAUCUUAUAACAACGGUUGUUGAUAGUACAUGUUUUCAAAUUUUGCGUUGUAUCCAUCUCAGCUUCUUGUAAUAUCGAUUUGCACCGAGCUAAACAAAUUUCGACUCUCUCUUCAUGUGCAAUCACGACACGACUUUGAUAUUUAAAUUCAUUCGCGAAGGAAAAAUGUCUGAUAUUUUUUAUCUCGUCUUCAAAAUUAGUGAUAGUUAAGAGGUCAAUUCAACGCAGAUGGCCUGUUCUCACCAUUGAACGACCCCUUUGAAAACAAUGUAUUAUUUUAAUAACAAUUUGACGUUUUUCUUUACGAUCUGCUGUGUACAUUUUCCUUGAUUGAGAAUGAUUGUUUUGAUUGCAAAACACCCGCGUUAAUUUAUUAUUGUUCUCUCCUCUUCAAUCGUUUGAAUUGCGAUCCUCCAAACCUGAAAAAACGCCUCUAUGAUGCAAUAAUAAUAUAUAUGUAGUCGCUUAAUAUUGCUUCAACGGACUCGUUUCUUUCUUUCUCUUUAUUUUUUGAGGGCCUGAAUUAAUCAACUGAAUUUGAAAUUGUUUGCUACGGUGAUGGCUCAUUUUUCUGGUCACGCAAUCCUGUACAACGAAAGUUUGUUGUCGUGUUUUUUUUUGAGACAGAAAAACAUCGGCCUAAAAUGUAACGUGUGAGAUGAAUCAGAUUUGACGUAUAAAUGAUUGGUGAUCAAUUCGAUCGCACUUUAAUGCUGCUAUGAAACCGAAAAAGGAAACAAAGGCGCAAGUGCAUUAAAGCGAAACUGCUCAGUCAGGAUCAUGAUUAGGUUGUGAAUCGUCUCAGUUGAGACAAUGACUCCGAAAUUAAGUUUUCUUUCCCUUGUCUGAGUGGUUUUAUGGGUCAUUUUAUUGGAUCUCAUUCUACCAAAAGCUUCAAAUGUUAGAGGAGGGGCUUGGUCAAUUUUUCCAUCAAUUUCGCCUAAUUGAUUAAAGUGGCAUAAUUUCCAUGCCUUGGGUGAGUCUUGCGGAUUGAAGCCGGACAAGUCAAGGAGGCUAGCUGUCAGCAAGUGUGAUGAGCGACCUUUGCUCGAUUGCAGUAAGAGACAAAAUGUUUUCGCUUUUUUUUCGUUUGUUUCCAGCAGCACUUUUAAUAAGUUAAUCAACAGUUUUCCAACAUUGUAAGAAUAAAUAAAACAGACUGUCAAAAGAAUAAAUAAGCGAGUAAACGCACAAACACACGAACGAACAAAGAAACGAACGAGAGAAAGAGCGCACAACCAAAAAAACCAACAAACGAAAUAACGAGCAACUGUCUAAUGAACCAACGAAUUAAAGGGGGAACGAACGAAGGAAUGAAAGAGGGAAUGAAAAAAUGAAAAAAUGAAUUGAAAAAUUAACAAAAAAAGGAGAAACAAAUGAAAUAACUAGAUACCGAAUGAAACAACGCCGGAACGAACAAAUGAAAGAACGAACAAACAAAGAAAGGAACAAACGAAAAAAGUGGAUGAAUGAACCGACGGGCGGGCCGGAGAACCAGAGGAAAGUGAGAGUUCGUCAACCACUAAGUCAGUCAGACUGAAAGACUGGAAGACAUAAAGAUGAACGUUCUCCAUUUACUAAGUUUUCUUCUGAGAAAUUCUUACAUCAUGGAUUUCUCUUUAUCAGAUCUCAAUGAUUCAUCAUGGCUAAAAUAUUGAGAGGCCGGUUACCGCCAUUAAUGAGAGAAGCACUGGCUGAGUUCAUGGCAACAUUUAUCUUAGUGGUUAGUAUUGGUAGUAUCAACGUUAUUUGUAUAUUAAAUAAUUCUAUUGAUCAAUUAUACAUUUUGCCUUUUACACAUUUUCUUUAAGCUUCUAAAUAUAAUUUUUCCUCGAUGUUUCAUAUUUUAAUAGAAUUUAUGUAAUAUCAUGAUAUACAAUUGUAAAGCGCGAUCAGAUAUCAGUGAAAACGAAAUCGCGUUAUAUUAUUGUCGUUAUUAUAUUAAAGAGCAAGUAGGUCGUUUUCCUCUGGAAUCAAAUUUGUUAGGUUGGUUGGGUUUUUCUGGGCUGUAUUGCAAAUAAAACACUUUAGACUGAUAUUGUUGAUCGGGUUGAAACGGUCAAUGAAGUACGAGUAAAGACCACUGUCGUUUUCGCGGGCUUAAUGUAGUCAAGCGCAGGCUUCAGUUGCCAGCCACGUUCCUUGAUGUGGACUGUGACAAAAUGGUGAUUAACUCGUGCCCUUUCAAUUAACACGCUAGUGAGGGAAAAAAUUUAAAGGGUGCAAAUCGGCGAAUAAGUAAUUGGUAAUAAUCAACCUGAGGUCGCCCUCAGCAGGUACUGCGUAUCAACUCUUUAACCUCCAUGAGUGACCAAGACAGAGUCUUUCCUUACAAUAUGAUUUAAACAAGUGAUGAGGAUAAAUAAAGAUAUAAAUUUGGGGAUUAUUAGUUAGCCCAAUACCAAAUUCUCCGAUUUAACAUCAUAAAAAUUUUAUAGCAGACAUUAAGGAGAAUUACUAAAGAGAUCUUGCAAGUGAAAGGAUUUAGACCAAAGUUCUUUGCUUGUUUGUUUUGGUUUUAUUUGAUUAGGAAUUAUGAGAAAAUACUACGGUAAAUUGUACUUUAUUCCUUUGACAACUUUAUCCUCUCUAAUUUCCUAGUCCUUUGGCCUUGGCUCCGUAGCUCAAUUUACUCUGAGUCGCAGUCAACUUGGAACCUUCUUCUCGGUAAAUUUCAGCUGGGGAGUUGCAGUCACGAUGGGUUGUUACUGGGCUGGGGGAAUAUCAGGUGAGUAUGUUUUCACAGUACAGAACCAAUAGUGUUUCCAAAAUUAUCUUUUAAUGUUUUUCCAAAUUAAUUUAAAGAAGAUGCGCCGCAGUAAUGUUUUAAAGGUUGAAAGAGGGUGGAGGGAAUUCAUUAUGCGAACUAAAGGUAAAUGAAUACAAAUACAUCUGCUAUUUAUUGCAUCUUCCCUCGAUUAAGGUGCACAUAUGAAUCCCGCUGUGACCCUGGCCCUUGCUGUGGUGCGGCGAUUGAAGUGGACCAAAGUUCCUACAUACUGCCUCGCUCAGCUGCUUGGAGCCUUCUUUGCGUCAACUGUUGUUUACGGAAUUUACCGUGGUGAGAAUAAAUUUGUCUUCUUGUCAUUAACUAGAAGAUUUUUAACUAUCACAAUGCUAUCAUUAUCAUUUAAAAUAUUUACAAUAGAAAACUAGUAGGAGGUACGGUAGCCUGAUGUUCAGUGUGCGAGGAUCUGGGCUCUGUGUGGUGUUCUUUAGGAAAACAGUGAACAUUCACAGUGCCUCUUCAUACCCAGGGAAGCCCGAUCAAAUUAGUUCUUGGGGGUAGGGUUGCGAUGGACUUGCAUCCCAUCCAGGGACCGUUAUUUGGCCUCAAUGGGGAAGAGUGAUACUUCGCUUCAUGCUAGGGAAACCGGGAUAAGAUCCAGUUGAAUGGACCAAGUCAAUUAGAGAAUUUUUAAAAUGGAAAGCUAGACGCAUUUCCCAAAUCGUUAAAUGGUGGAAGAAGUGCUUGAAAAAGGGGCCUGUUACUUUCGAGCGUCUUACAAGCGAUCGUGGGCACGCACGAGAUGAACACAAAUCACGAGUCAUGCUUCUCUUCUCGCGCGUGAUUCACACUUUGUGCUCACAUCACGGCUAUCUCCACUGGCCUGAAAAACGCAAAAACAUGGCGCCUGUUUUCUUGCUGUAGAAAAGUAACUUUGUUGAGCUCAUGCGACUUUAUGAAAGGUUUUUAGUUUGGGUGAUCAUGAGUCGCAGGUAUCACUCGAGUCCAGAAUCAUGAAAAGCAUAUGCGUUCAUGUAAUUUUCUUUGAAAUUGGAAUAUCCGUCUGGUAAUAAUUUUUGUACACUUAUUUGAUGCUGGGAAAAGAAAAUUUUUUGUCAUUAUUUUUUUUUUCUGCGCAUGAAACCAGAUGCUCUAGACGCAUUCGACGGUGGUAUUCGUCAAGUGACAGGCCCCAACGCUACCGCAGGGGUAUUUGCAACGUAUCCAAAGCCUUUCGUGACGACUGCAAAUGGAUUUGCUGACCAGGUAACAAUUUGUUCUCUUAAGUAUCAGCUCUUUAUUUUACAAACAGACUUCAAAUUAAUCCCUUUUGCCUUUUACAAAUGGAUUCCUUAUUGCCGUACACAUGAUAUAUAUAUAUAUAUAGAGAGAGAGAGAUCGAUAGAUUGAUCGAUUUUUGAUAAGCCGAAUAAGCCGAAUUAUACACGCGUGAUUGUCAAUUAUGAUCCACUGGAGGACAGACGCAUAGAUAUAAAUCUGCUCAUUUAUCCUAUGAAUCAAGUAGAUUCUAGUGGCGGAUCCAGACAUUGAGCUGAGGCUUUUCUUCCUUCUGCGAUUCUUUUUUUUUUAUUUUUUACCCAAAGUAAGGGGGGGGGGGAAGCCCCCCGGUUCCCCCGAGUCUCUCCUAGAUCCGCCACUGUGGGUGGGUCUGUUCGGUAACUCAUCACAGAAGGCGUCAAAAUUUGGAAAGAACAUCAGUAGGUGAUCAGUGAUAAUUGUCGGCAACGCCUCGUUCGCCAAUUUUUUGUUCUUUCCUCAUUUUGAUAACAUUUUGACACCGUAUGUGAUUUAUAUUACUGAACAGACACACAGUAACAUGAUGUAUUUGUUAAAAGACGCAAGGCAAAGUGAAAUCUAUUAUGGGAACUUUCUUUCCUCUUAAAUCAGAUGACUUUAAUUGUUAUAGUUUUUUGGCACCGCUCUCCUUGUCAGCUGCAUAUUCGCUAUCCUGGACCGCAACAACAAUGCCCCCGACCAGGGGGUGGCACCGGUCAUGAUUGGUCUGGUCGUGUUUUUGAUUGGCACCACCUUUGGAUUAAACUGCGGUUACCCCAUCAACCCCGCUAGGGAUCUGGGGCCAAGAAUUUUCACUGCAAUGGCUGGAUGGGGAUCUGAAGUGUUUACGUAAGUCGUUUAUGAAGUAAAAUAUCAAUGGAAAUGUCAAAUAGCAUGUUACAUGUAAGAAGUCGUAUAGUAACUAGGCAUGCAGAAAAACAAGCAAAAAGAUCUGUCGAGGCUGUAUUUUAACCAUGUGUUCAGAACGGGCCUUUUUUAGCGAAAUUAAUUUCCUAUUCUAGAGGUAAUACCAAAGACCAUAUGAUCUCAAGAACUGCCUCAGUCUAUUCUAACAAUCUGCGACCUCAACCUCUUGUUCAAACGAUUAAACUUGCAAUUUUGCGAUUAAUAUAUGACAUUGCAACGAUCCGAGGAUCUGAAUUUGGUAGGAUUGAUGGAAAUCACGUUUGCUGCUAAAACAACCAUUUCCAUAUUCCGUUUCAGGGCCUAUAAUAAUUGGGCCUGGGUCCCAGUCGUAGCAUGUCCGUUAGGGGGAGUACUGGGUGCCAUUGUCUACAUCAUAACCAUUGAGUUUCAUCAAUCAGCAUCUGCAGAUACAGAACAUCCCUAUGAACCAAUUUGUACAGCAGCCGCCAUGACAGAGCAGAAGGAAUCACUGUUAUCCUGAACAACAAUGACUUAGCAAGAUGACUGAUCUUCAUGACUAACUAUAUAACUAUUUAUUAUCUCGUGUUCUCCCAACAUCCCAAAUGGUUUAUCAGCCAGUAAACCGAUGGAAAGUGUGGUUAAAUAACAUUUAAAUAAUAUUUGUAUACUCUUCGCACAGUCUAACAUCUCAAAGUUAUACGCCGAAGGCUCAGAGCAUUUUGUUGAUUAUAACCCACCCAUUAAUUUUCAAGUUAUUCUAUUAGCCUCUUAACGUCACGUGGUUCAAAAUCACCUGACAAGUAUUACGCAACAGCCCCCGUUCAAGUCGAUAUUUGACCUCCUCUUAUUACCGUAAAAAAAAAAAACAACAACAACAACAACAAAAACAAAAACAAAAAAAAACAGAACUUGCGGGAAAAAUUAAAGACUCAAGAGUUCCACUUAUUCAUCUUUAUUACUUUACAUGAAGGGAAACGAAUUCGUUUUGUAGAUUCCAGUGAUAGUGACAUUAAAAAGCUGGUCUCAAGUGCUGGUCCGCAAAGUACAAAAUUUGCUGCCAACGUGCGAUACGAAAUUGAAUGUGAGGGUCAUAGAAUAGAUAAACCCCCUUCUGGCUUGCUAGUAUAUCGGCUGAUAAUGUCCUUUGUUGAGAGAUUGCUCUCAAAAUUUCACAUUUCUCAGACAAUAUCUCAACCGCGGAAAUUAUUAGCAGACACAAUAGCCGCCUGAAAGGGUUUAUUCACUAAAUGGUUAUCUAAUAAAUAAUCAAGGGGAUUAUUCAACAAUACUCAUUGAGCCUGAGGCGAAUAAUUGUUUAAGUAUAAUUACUCGGUGC